UGAUGACAGUAGAACCUCCUUAAGUUGCGUCUCGCCACAGCUGUCUGUGAGCAUUGAGCCGGCUGGCGCCACCCUGCUCCUUUCAGAAAGAAUGCCUUCCCUGUAAAAAAAAAAAAAAAAAAAAAAAAAAAAAGAAAGGGGGGGGAAGGACAGAGAGAGAGAGAGACAGAGAGAGAGAGAGAGAGAGCACAAUCUGAUCUCAUCAAGCAGUUUCAACUUCAUCUCUCCUGGGUCACAUACUCCUUCUCCACCAAGGUGAUCAAAGAAGAGAAACCUCUGCAAAGAGCGGAAGAUACUGUUGGGAUCUCGCUUCUUAGAUUUUUUUGUUUGUUUUCCCUACUCUUCUUGUCAUCUUUUUGGAAUCGCUUAUUAUUAUCAUUUUAUUUUUAUUUUUUUUAAACCCGACAACAUCUCUCUGUUAUAUAUCAACCCGCCGCCUACCCUCCCGCGGCAAGCCUGCCCAGUUUGGGGAGGAGGAGGAGAGACAGCCCCGCACCGAGAGAGCGCGAUGGAGGUGACUACCGACCAGCCGCGGUGGGUGAGCCACCAUCACCCCGCGGUGCUGAAUGGGCAGCAUCCGGACUCACACCACCCAGGGCUCGGCCAUUCCUAUAUGGAUCCAACUCAGUACCCGCUGGCCGAGGAGGUGGAUGUACUUUUUAACAUCGACGGACAAGGCAAUCACGUCCCUUCGUACUAUGGCAAUUCGGUCCGAGCCACGGUGCAGAGGUACCCGCCGGCCCAUCACGCAGGGAGCCAGGUGUGUCGCCCACCGCUUCUCCACGGAUCUCUCCCUUGGCUGGACGGGAGCAAAGCCCUGGGGAGCCACCACAGCGCGUCUCCUUGGAACCUGAGUCCCUUCUCCAAGACCUCCAUCCAUCACAGCUCCCCGGGACCCCUCUCCGUCUACCCGCCGGCUUCCUCCUCCACUUUAUCCGCCGGCCACUCCAGCCCGCACCUUUUCACCUUCCCUCCGACCCCUCCCAAAGAUGUCUCCCCGGAUCCCUCCAUCUCCACCCCGGGAUCCACCGGCUCCAACCGGCAGGACGAGAAGGAAUGCAUCAAGUACCAGGUGUCCCUGGCGGACACCAUGAAGCUGGAGUCCUCUCAUUCCCGCAGCAGCAUGGCAUCGCUAGGCGGGGCCUCCUCUUCCGCUCACCACCCCAUCACCACCUACCCGCCCUACGUCCCAGAAUAUAGCUCUGGACUCUUCCCUCCGAGCAGCCUCCUAGGGGGGUCGCCUACGGGGUUUGGGUGCAAAUCGAGACCAAAAGCGCGCUCCAGUACAGAAGGCAGGGAGUGUGUAAAUUGUGGCGCUACCUCAACCCCCCUGUGGAGGAGAGAUGGCACCGGGCAUUAUCUGUGUAACGCCUGUGGACUCUAUCACAAAAUGAACGGGCAGAACCGGCCCCUGAUUAAGCCCAAGAGAAGGCUGUCUGCAGCAAGACGGGCGGGCACAUCCUGUGCAAACUGUCAGACCACCACCACCACUCUGUGGAGGAGAAAUGCCAAUGGUGAUCCCGUCUGUAAUGCCUGCGGGCUUUAUUACAAGCUGCACAAUAUUAACAGACCCCUGACUAUGAAGAAAGAAGGAAUUCAGACCAGAAACCGAAAAAUGUCUAGCAAAUCCAAAAAGUGCAAAAAGGUCCACGACAGCCUGGAAGAUUUCCCCAAGAGCAGUUCCUUUAACCCCGCCGCCCUCUCCAGACACAUGUCCUCCAUCAGCCACAUUUCACCUUUUAGUCACUCUAGCCACAUGCUGACUACGCCGACACCGAUGCACCCGCCAUCCAGCCUCUCUUUCGGACCUCAUCAUCCUUCCAGCAUGGUCACUGCCAUGGGUUAGAGACAGACUCCCCUGCUGAAUGCUUACAGUCUCAAAAUGAGAUUUACUUUAUAUACUUGCAUUUUUGCAGGCGUGCAGUUAUCCAUUUGAAGCCCGAAACAAAUGGAUAAAAAUUAAAAAAAAAAAAAAGUUAUUUGAAGGCAUAAAAGAAAAAAAAAAGGAAAAAAAAAGUGAUGUUUGCCACUUUUUAAAGGAACUCACUAUGGUGUCUGUAUUCUCAACCUCUGAAUCUGGACUCCAUCUGUGAAUAAGCCAUUCAGACUCAUAUUCCCUAUUUAACAGGGUCUCUAGUGCUGUGAAAAAAAAAAGCUGAACAUUGCAUAUAACUUAUAUUGUAAGGAAUACUGUACAUUUGAGGAAGACUUUAUUGCAUCUGGGUAAGCUGUAAAGACAGGCAUGAAGGACUCAGAGGAAAUUUUUUUUAAAGGCGGAUGGGGAGGAGAAUAAAAAUGCCGACUGAGAAGAACCAGGUCUAAUGAACGAAUGGACAAACCGCCAGUCGUGUCUUCUCUCUCUCUCUCUCUCUCUCUCUCUGGCUGGCUCAAGUUGUUUGAUGCAUUAAGUAAUUAACUAACUAAAAGCUGUAGGCAGAUCAUUCAUUCAAGGCACUGGGCCUUUUACAGAGGAAGUAAUAAUGGUUUUGGGGCAAUCAGUGUUAACAUACAGAUAUUGCCAGCGAGGGUUUUCAGAUAGCCAUUCUUCAGGCCUAUAUGCAUUGUGAACAAGUUCCUGUAAUUGUUGUUUGUAUGUAUAAUUCAAAGCACCAAAUUAAGAAAGAUGUAGAUUUAUUUCAUCCUAUUAUACAGACUGAAUGGUUGUAUAAAUUUAUUUACUGCUAGUGUUAAGACCUGUUUUUUUUUUUUUUUGGUUUUGUUUUGUUUUUCAUAUUUUUUCCCUCUUUUUUUUUUUUUGGAGAAUAAACUAGAUUAAAUUCUGUUGACUUACAGGCGUUUUGUGCUUGGCGGUGUGUGGAGGGGGGAUUCUUUUCAUUUUUGUUUUGAUGAUAUUUAUUAAAUAGCUUUCCUGGGUAUGGGCGACGUGUAUCUUUUUCAGCUCCUUUCGACGGCCAGUGCAAUGUUUGCGGUGGUUUAAAAAUAAAAUAAAAUAAAUGAAGUGCAUGUUAGUGUGA